GAAGCAGGGAGCCUGCCUGGGGCUCCCCGCAGUGCCCGCAGGCCAGAGCCAGUGGCUCACGCCUGCUCUAGGUAGUCAGAGGUUGUUGUCCCUUGCGGAGGAGAGAGACUCAAACUACUGAUUGGAGCCAUUGUCCAUAGCUGCAAUGGAUUGUAUGGUCAGGAGCACCAGUGGCAAGUAGAGAUCCUUUAGAAAAUUAGCAUUAGGCACAACUGACUGUAAGGGCUAUUGCCCAUUGGGGUAAAUCAAGUAUGAGGUAAAUCUAUCCAUCAGGGCCAUUGUCAGCAGUACAGUAUCAGUUACAAACUGGGGAGUGUCUGACAUUUUACACAUGACAGAGACUAUACUGGAAACACUCAGAACAGCUCCCACCCAUAGCCCAGCCCAGCCCCCAACUGCCUCUCGGAACUUCCUUCUAACAUUUUACAGCAGGAAGUGAGACGAGCCAGGAGCCAUUUUGAGCUGGUGUCGAUAAGGAGCGUGAGGCAUCAACCUCCUGACUAAGUUGGUAGAAGAGGAUGGUUCUGAUAAGAGCACUACUAAUGCCCUGCUCCUGGCCAAUCUCACUAGCUAAACUCUGGCUAUGGCUGUGGCUUGCAAGGGGAAGCAUUGAUUCCUGGUCAUGCAAUGAGGAGAGGUUACUGUACUCAGGUCUGUCCUUCAGUACCCAGGACAAGGGGUCAGGCACUGUCCUGAAUUUCAGCCACCCUGAACCUUUCCUUCUACAGUACCCAUGUAAUGAGGAUGACCCCUGGGGACAUCCCAGUCCAGCCUUGUACCUGGGAGAGAAGAUUUUCCUCAGCACAAAUGGGUUUCGGACCAGCAUCCCACCACUGACCAUCCCUAAUGAGCUAGAGCCCUCCAGCGCCUUAGUCAGUGCUGCUGCCUUUGUGAAGAGGACGAAGUUAGCAAUGGUGAUAAAUGGACGGGUCUAUUCCUACUACUUUAAGGCUGGGGAAGAAGAAUGGAUCCUAGCGCAGGGGAUCGAUUCCUUGGUCACUGAGCUAUCAAACACCCACUGCUGUUACCCAGGGCAGGACCUAGCCUGUAAAGACAUCAGUAUGAAGAUUUUCGCCUAUGAGAUUGGGCAUUCACCCUCCAAAAGCCACAUCUUCCUGUCAGAGAAUGGGGGCUAUUCGUUCACCCCUGUGAAGCUGAGUCCAGAACUUCCAGGGGUACUGCUUGGUGUCUACAAUUUUGUUUCCCUCUCCCAGACUGGGGUGCUCAUCCGCCACAGCGAUGGAGAAAGGAAAGGAGGAGAGGCCUAUUUCAUAUACACCAAUGGCAACCUGAGCCAGACAUCCAGUCACAUCUCAAUGGGCUUUCACUUGAAGUUCACACGGGGCCAUGAUAUCCAUCGUAUCCAGCAUCCUCACCUGUGGGGCUUCACCAUCCUCUGGAACAAUGACACACUGCUGGUCUCCUCCAAUAACGGCUUGCUUGUGGAGCCAGUAACUGUAUUGGAGUUUUCCAGGAACUCCCAUCCUUUCCCUGGCAAUGGCCUUUGCCACGUGGCCAUUAGCAAAACCGAGAUUGCAGCCCUCACCCGGGACCAUCAGCUUUUCUAUGGAAGCCUAGAUAUGGUCUCCACAUCUAUGGUGCAAAAUGGAAAGAGAAACACCAGCCAAAAGGGCAUAUGCAAUGCUGUGCUGAUGUUUAACAAAGUAGGGAUGCUAACCCUAUUGAGCCUUGUGCCCAGCAAUGGCACUCAGGCUUAUACCUUUUGGAAAUGCAUCUUCAAAGUGCAGUCGAUGCUCACGGAGCUAUGGCCAUACCUGCAAAAGUGCCCAGUGGAGAUCCUCAGGGGCCAGUUUCACAACAAGAUCUAUUACAUUGAUAUGCACCAGAAGCUGAACCUUAAUGUCACAUUUGUGCCAAAGCCAGGUACUGGUGCCUUUCCAAUAGUGACUGUGAGCAACCCCCAUGUGCUAGGUUUCCAGGCAAAGAUCACAGAGGAUGGAUACACAUAUGACGGGCACACUAAGUACAGCUUGUACAUCCAGCUGCUGCAGCAGUACUUCUCUGGCAUGGCAGACCCUCAUUUCAGUGGCUCCUUCCUCUCUGGUGGGAUGGCUACUCUUACCGUGGAUGUCCUCAACAAAGGCGUCUGCUGCAUUGACAUACAUCCUUUGUCUGCACUUGUCAACAUAGGUUGCCCGCCUACUAAAUACAUUAAAUUUUUUAAAAACACAACAGCAUGCAGCAAAGGCCUCUUUGAACAAGGCACGCUGCAAAAUAGCUUCACUUAUACAAUUGACCACGAUAUAUAUGACCCCCAUUUUCUUGCCACACCGCAGCUAGAUCAAAGUGAUCUUAAAGUUCCAUAUGACUAUUAUAAACUAGAGUGUCCCCUUCUGCAGUAUUAUGAUACUCCGUGGCUGCCAGUCCUUGAACUGUGGGAAAACAAUGCAUUUGUGGAAUAUGUUUCCGCUGACUUUGUUAUGUUUGAAGUCAAUGGCAUGUAUAAUUAUGAUUAUCUCUUGACCGCUGCAGAAGCCAAUUGUGUAUCUCAACCUCAGAAUUGGAUGGCUAUGAUGCAAAAGCAAGAUUCUCCAAAUCCUCAUACUGCAUGGAACAGAAUGAACUAUGUAAGCUGUAAGAAUCACGACGGCCCUAAACUAGUAUCACCCUCAGCCAAAUAUCAAAUUCUUGGUCAAAAUAAAAACAAGAUAAUCUUUUCACACUAUAAUGGCUUUUAUGUAUUUAAAGCUAUUGUUGUGGACCCAUUAUAUAGUUACUGUGAACUGUCUGCAAUUGUCAGUGUGUGUGUCACUGGUGCCCUCCCAAAGUCUAACAUACAUGCUUGGACAACACUGACAGCUUUUCUGAUUAUCAUUCUGCUUGCAGUAUUCAUGGGCUACAUCUUACAUAAGCUAUCACAAAAGAAAAAAAUCUCCCAAAGGUAAAGUAUUUUGAGCUUAGUCAUUUAGAAACCUCGUAUGGUGAUCAGACAAAUGGGAGUAGUAUUAAGAAUUCUCAGACUGGUUUUAUAGUUCAAGAAAGUAAAAUAUUUUAAUUGUGAAAAGCCUGAUUGAGGCAUGCUCUCUAAAAUAAGAUUGGCCUACUAAUGAAAGAGAAAUUGAUUAAAGGGACUAUUAUAUCUAUUUUCUAAUUUUAUAGAUGUUGGAGGGAUGAUGUUCUUACUCUAAGCUAUUAGAUCUUUAAAAGGAUAGAUGUUCCUUUGCAUCUAUUUUAACAUACCUAUUUAUAUUCCCUGUUUGUCAUCUUUUAUGCAGUAAUCUUCCAUCUUUUGGCUUUUGUGAACAAUCCAUAUAGCCAGCUUUUUUACUGCUAAUGUAUUGCUUUUAAGUGGGUCACCAUUUGUUGACGCAAUUAUAUUAACCUAUUCAAGGGCUGGAUCUUUUAAUCCAACUGACCCUUGCCUCAAAAAAAAAAAGGAAAGAUGCGCUUGGAAGAUGACAGGUGUGUGUUUCAUGAACAAUAUGCCAAUGGAACUCUCAGAGGUUCCUGUUUCCUCUAUUUUGAAUACCUGUUGUGAUUAGGAUGUAUAUUUUCCUUCUCUCAGAUAAUUUGAAACAUUAAUUUUAAUUUAUAUCCCAUUCCAUUUUAUUUCCCAGGUAGUAGAAUACUGAUACUUCUACUGGGUCUUAAAGAAUUCUCCAUCAAAACAGUGAAAUGCAAUUUUCCAAUGUGAGAGAAUUGAAGGAAUUCUGAACACAUUGAGAACCCAUUACUCAUUGAACCCAAAACUCAUUGAAACUUUGCUUGAAUGGGUUUGCUAGCCUGAGCAAAUACCAAUCAACAUAAAUAAAGGUUACAGAAUGUGGCCCCUUGUUAGUUAAUUAAGUAAGGAUUUUCAAUUAAUAGACCAAUGAUUUCCUGUUUGACAAUAUGGUUAGCCAAGUAUUACCUAUGUACCAUGAAAUUUCACUAUGGUCCAUUGUCAUAAUCAAUUCCUAUUGUUUAUUGCUGAGACACUCAUUCUCACCACUUAAAAGAGUAUUUCACAUCUGUAUUAGUAGAUUUGCUAAAACCUUACUGAUAGUAACGAUGUAUAGUCCCCCAACAUGACAGUGGUACAGCAACAGAAAAAGCAAAACAGAGGACAUUCAUCAUUUAAGAAACUAACUGGUAUUUUGUGUAUACAUUUCAUAUUGUCUUGUUAACAUAAAUAUGUAAAUGUUAAUUAACAUUAUAUAGAAAACUUUAGUUAACUAUGUUUACAGCUUUGUAGUAAAACUGUUCAUUUUCAUUUGUUGCUGAGGGCUCAUUUGUGGAUUUGUCAUUUAUUAGAUGUAGAGCAAGUGAAAAUAUAGUUUAUUUAAAUAAGAUGCUUUAACUAUGUUAUGUUUCUUA